AUGAAGCCUAUUCAAAUCAGCAUUUAUGAGACUUCAGCUCCUUGCUACAGUAUUGAGGAGGAGGAAAACGAUGACCAUCCGUGGUAUCAGGACAUACUGCGAUAUCUAAAAAAUCAUGAGUACCCCAACCAUGCGACAGGAAAUGAUAAGAGGACAUUAAGGAGACUGGCUAUUGAUUAUGUCUUAGAUGGAGAAAUUUUGUAUAAAAAGGGAAAUGAUCAAGUAUUGUUGAGAUGUGUGGAUGCUGUAGAAGCGAAGAAAAUUUUAGAAGAAGUGCAUGAAGUUAUCUGUGGAAUUCAUGCCAACGGCUUCACGAUGGCCAGAUAG